GUUCUGGCAUAGUAUUUGAAUCGAGCAUUCGAAGCGCUAAGCAACUCAACAAAGUUUCUGUGGAUUUUAUUCGCAGCGUUCAAUUUUAAACUUCAAUAAGUGUCAGUGAUUAUUAAAAAAAAUGUCUCUUCUACCAUAUUUAUUCGGUAACAACUACUACAGACCAAACCGUCUUCUGGAUCAAGAUUUUGGCCUGGCGUUGACUCCCGACGACAUGUUGACCGUGGUCGCUGCACCCUUGGUUUCCCAGGACUAUUUCCGUCCAUGGCGUCAAUUGGCACACGCUGCUCGUGAUGUCGGCUCCAACAUCAAAGCGGAUAAAGACAAAUUUCAGGUAAACUUGGACGUCCAACAUUUUGCACCUGACGAAAUUACUGUGAAAACGGCCGAUGGUUUUAUCAUCGUGGAGGGUAAACAUGAGGAGAAAAAGGACGAACAUGGCUACAUAUCUCGUCAAUUUGUCAGGAAAUACGCACUGCCCAAAGGUUGCAAUCCGGACACUGUUGAAUCUCGGCUUUCAUCGGACGGCGUUCUUACAGUCGUAGCACCAAGACAACCCUCCGCUUUGAAGAAUGAGAAGAGUGUUCCUAUUCAACAAACCGGCCCCGUUCGCAAGGAAGUUAAAGAUUCUACCGAGCAGGAAGAUAAACAGUGAAAUAUUUAUUUUUAUUAAGUAUUAAUAAUUAUUAUUUGUAAUGUUUUCCUACUACAUGUAAUUUAGAGACUGAUUUUAUUAUUAAUUUUAAAAAAUAAACAAUUUUAAAAAUCUGA